AUGAAUUAUGCUAGACUGUUCGAUGAUGUAAUUUUUGGGAAUAUUGAAAGUGUCUUUAGAGAAACUAGUGGUGGGGCUUUAAUAAGUCUUGAGCAUGUGACACCGAGUGGCAAUUGUAUUCUUCACGUGGCAGCAAAAUCUGGACAUGAUCAGAUUAUGAAAAGGGUCCUCAAUUCACUUUAUUCACAUUCACCUUUGUAUGCGACAAAUUUCAAAGGCAACACAGCACUACAUAUUGCAGCAAGCUUAGGGCAUCUUGGUAUGUCACAGCUUCUAAUAACUCGUGCAAUAGACCAAGAAGCUGAAGUGAAACGGUUGCUACUAAAAGCUCAAAAUGUGGAGCAGAACACUGCACUGCAUCUUGCUGUAAAACAUGGUCAUCAUGACAUUGUUGAUUUGCUAAUUAGGAAUGAGCCAGGGUUGACUUCAAUUACAAAUAAAGCUGGCGAAUCCCCACUCUUCCAGGCAGUAGAUCGAGGAUUUUUUGAAAUUGCCCUUCGUAUCCUAGAAAUUUCAGAAUGCUCCGACGAGGGAAGGAACAAAAUGAAUGUCUUGCAUGCUGCAGUCAUUCGCGUAGAAAUUAAAAGUCGGUUUAAAACCAUCGCCAGAGAUUGGUCGCAGAAUAUACAAACCUGCUUGAACAUUUUUGGAUUCCCACAACUGCAAACACGCAGACUCGACAUUACCGGAGCAGAUUUUGUGCGCAAGAUGUUGGACAAAUUUCCGAACGCAAUUAUGAAAGCUGAUGACUUUGGCUGGACUCCUCUGCAUUAUGCUGCAAAUUUUGGCAAUUUCGAAGUUGUCAAACUAUUUUUGGAAAAUAAUAAUAUUUCCCUUGCUUACGAGCGGGACAUUCAGGGCAUGUCUGCUCUUCACAUUUCAGCCAUGAAAGGACAUUGUGAUGUGAUGAGCGCAAUCAUUGAAAAAUUUCCAUAUACUUGUGAAUUGCUAGAUAACAGAGGUAGGACAGCUCUUCAUCUUGCGGCGGAGAGUGGAAGGACAAAUGCAGUGAAAAUAUUGCUCUCAUCUUUAGCUUUUCAGGAUCUCAUAAAUGAGCAAGAAAACGACGAAGGAAACACGGCUAUGCAUCUUGCUGCCAUCAAAGGGAGAUACAAAGUAUUGAGAUUGCUUGCACGUGAUAGGAGAGUUGAAAAAAGGGCUACGAACAAGGAAGGGAAGACCGUAGCUGACAUUCUUCAAUUAGAUAAGCUGCUUGGGUGGAUUGAAAUAAUGGGAUCCAUGCAUGUUCCAACUUCCAAGAAAGAAAUUAAUUUGGUACUCAUGUCAAAGCUGCCGGAUCGAAGCAAGGCUUUACUGAGUUUGGAGAAAGAGGUUGAGAGACAGACAACGGAAGAGCAGAUUGCUGAGAAUGAAGGACAUGAACAAUUUAAAGAGUCACAGAGGAUAGAACCUGCUGCAAAGGUCAAGGGAAGAACGGGUGGUGCAGCCAAUAAUAUUGUAGAUUUUGAGGAAUUGAAAAAAUACAAUGUAGUAGUAAUGACACUCAUUACAACUGUCACCUUCGCAGCACUUCCAAGUGCCUGGUGGAUACGACGGCAAUGGGAAGGCAAAUUUACAAAAAAGCAGAGACUUCAGAAUUUUUAUGAUAUUUGAUACUUUUUCAUUUGGUUCCUCAGCUUUCUCAUUGCUUAUUUACUUUGCCAUGCCUGUAAUUCAGAGAAUGACCUUCAUUCUGAAAAGAGUACAGCAAGUAGCAGUGUUUCUCAGUAUGAUCUCCCUUUCAUUCAUGAUCUUCGCCUUUUCGUUUGGCGUAACAGCAGUCUUGGAUGAAAAAUCAAGUCUCUAUACUCUUUCUAAUAUCAGUGCACUGUAUGGCUGGGCUUUCCCCUUACUCGUGUUUGGGAUUAUCUUCUAUAUUUUCAUAAUUCCCCUGACCCACAUUAGGAACAAUUUAUUACGACCGUUCUGAUCGUGAUCAUCAUUUCAUCGUCUAUCUAUUUCAAGGGGGCUCGUAGUCUUAGCACCGGAAUUCGUCUUGACAUUUCUCCCUCAACACCAAAUGAUUCCUUUCCGGCAACUCUUCCGCAACCCAUGUGCUCUGGCCGGCAGUUUGUUUUAUAAGUUCUGUUUCUUUGUAAUGCGAUUUGGUGUAUGGUCCUUUUCAGUCAGUCCUUUUUGAACACGAAAAUAAAGGAUAGAUUGGAACCUAUGUAUUAAUUAGUUUUCA